GGAAGUGUCUGCUUCUUUCCCUUUGCUUUUUCUCUUUUCUUUUCCGCACAGAAAUAUACACAUAAAAUGCUGCGUCAGUCUCUUCCUUUACCUGUUUCUGAAAGCCUUUUGAGCGUCAAGGAACAACAUGCUUUUCAUGAUAAGGACCAAGACUGUUUAUUUAAUGAAGAACUCCCGACAGUGGAUCGAUCCAUGUUGACAAAGAUCGUUCAAGAAAAUCACUAUUUAUAUCCUAUGGAAAAACGAGACAGGCCCAACAAUAGUAUCCGUGUCCUUGUGGCCCUGCAUAAAAUGAAUGCUACUGAAGAACAGCUGUCCAUUGCCUAUGAAAACACUUUACAAGAGGUGGAGUCUAUUUUUAUCAACAACAAGAACACAAGAAUCAAUGAAAGAAAUUGGCAAGAUCAUUUGGGAAAUACAUCCUUUUACGGUGAUUUCUUGGUUUUUUUUGAUCACCAGUUGAAUCGACUUGGGUUAGAUGAGUUAUUAAGUAGAUAUUUCUAUAGUAUUCCUUAUUCUAUGGGAUCUCAAUUACAGCCUUUUGUUCAGUUGGCUUUUGGCAUAGAACAAGAAUUACCAGAAAUCAUUACACAAGCCUUAGCUUAUUAUGCUUGUACUUAUAUGGAUGUGUCUACUAUUAUUUUACCCAAAGAAGAAGCAGCAGCAGCCAUGGACAGCCACACCCCCACAGCCGCCCAUCCUGACCGUCUUGAUUUUGUCAACACGUUCUUGUUCGAUUUGGUGCGUUCGGAUCAGCGUUUCGAUGGUAGAAUAGACGGUGACAACACUUUCCAGCAAUCCAUAAAGGUACUGUUGAAAAGCAAGCAAGAGCUGCUUCAAAUGUACAUGGCCUUCUGGACAAAAAGCACCCAAGCCAUGUCCACUGAACAGAAAAUGGAUGCUCUCGUCUACACCGCCGUCUGUCUUGUGAAAUAUGCUUCUCGUCCACACUUGGGUCAUACAGAAAUGGACUGGUUCUUGACGGGAGGCCAACUGAUCGAGUCCGCUUUAGCCCUCAAGAAGCUAGCCAACUCUAACGAAUCGCUUUUGCAAGCGUGGGUUCCUCUUCAAUUUCUGGCCAUGCUUUGCUCUUUUGUCGUCCAAGGCCGUCCUUAUUUCAAUCCACCACAACAAGAACAGCACCCACUCUCAACCACUGCCUUAAAGAUGAUGAUGAGCCAUAUGGAUCAACAUAUCAGCCACAUGAUGCGUCAUGCUCAUGACGAUCCCAAAUUGGUGUUGGCCCUCCAUUCCUUGAUGAAUGUCAAGACUUUCUAUCCCCAUUUCGCGGAAGAGGCCUUGUAUGUGGACAUUAUUCAAUUAUUAUCUUCCUUCUCUAUGGAUGGAGGUGUUUGGGUCAAAUCCGGUCUGGGUUGGAAAUAACACUCUCCUUCUCUCUCUUCAUGCCUCCAUUUUCUUGUAUAUAGUAUCCUAUUUUUAAAACACAACCGCAUUACAGAUAUUUAACUAUUUGCAUACCCCUCUUUUUCAAAAUAGAACAUGAUUCAUCACACGACAUGUAGUUGUCUUGGCUUUUUUUUUUUUUUUUUUUUUUUU